AUGGCAUCCAGCCCCCGUAACUCCACCGACUCGCCGCCGCCCCCCGAAUCACAAACCUCCACCCCACAAUCCCUCUCCAAAGCCGUGCACGCGCGCCGUUCCGAGUACACAUGCCCGCAGAAACUGAAAGUCAAGAUCGGCUCCUGGAACGUGGCCGCAUGUCCAGGCACAGAGCUCGAUCUCGGCGCGUGGUUCGUGCAAGGGAGGGGCGUGGAUGAGCAUCUCUCUGGCGUCACGAUCUCCGAUACUGAGAUUGAGAGUGUAGGUGCGCAGGAGGCAAGGAGGAAUAAGAAGGAGAGUACGGUGCCGAGGGGUGACACAGGUGCUGCUGUGACUGAUGGGGAGGAGAUUGGGCUGUAUGUGCUGGGUCUACAGGAGGUCGUGGAUCUUACCAGUGCAAGGGAAUACGUUGGGAGGGUAUACACAGAUCCGGGGCCGACUGCGAAAUGGCGGCGUGCGCUGAGCAGCGCUUUACCUAGAGGUUAUGAACUUGUGGCUGAGCAGCAGCUCUCUGGCCUGUUGCUCCUGAUCUUCGCUUCUUCUGCUCUUGCGCCCACGAUUUCGGCGACUAGUACUGUCAGUGUUGGGACGGGCAUUAUGGGGUAUCUUGGAAAUAAGGGCGCGGUUACUACAAGGAUUGUGCUGGGCGAGACGACGAGAAUGGUGUUUGUGAACUCGCAUCUGGCGUCCGGGAGCGAUCCUGCGCAUCUAGAAAGGAGAAUCUGGGAUGUGCAGCAAAUAUUGCAAAGGACGCAAUUUGAUCCUAUAAGUUGGGGGGGUGUUCUGGAUGAUGCGCACGAGGGAAUUGGACAAGAAGAUUUUGCGUUUUGGUUUGGGGAUUUGAAUUUUAGGCUGGAUGGGUUACCUGGUGAUGAUAUAAGGAGGCUGCUUAUGCUACACACGAAGGGGGAGUAUGAUAUUGGGCUGAAAUCGAGGAAUAAGAUCGAGGGAGAAUUGGCAAACGCUGAUGGGCCUAUUGUUAUAAGAAGCAUUGACAGCGAUGAUGAAUCAGAGGAAUCAGAGCAUCGAACGAGCAGUAAUUUUGAGCAGACGGACGAUUCAUCAAUCUCUUUACCAGAUCCAGACGAUUUCGUUCAACAUCCGAGCCAGGACCCUGCUUCUCUGCAAGCUACCCUGGAUUCUUUAUUACCUCACGAUCAGUUGAAGCAUGUCAUGAGAAGGAAGAAAGCUUUCCACGACGGGUGGCGUGAAGGUCCGAUUACAUUUCUACCUACGUACAAAUACGAUGUUGGGAGUAUGGGAAUGUUCGAUUCCAGCGAAAAGAAGAGGGCACCCAGCUGGUGCGAUCGAAUCUUAUUCAGGACACGGCGGGACAAGCUUGAGUUUGAUGGGAAAUCGCAAGAAGAAGAGCUGGCCAGGAUAAAGGACGAAGAGAUGAAAUCUAGGGGUAUUGAUCAUGCUGGAGACGACGAAGACGUUUUAUUUGAUUACAAUCCUGACGAAGAUGGGGUGGAGGAAUCUCUAGCGAAUACUGACUAUGAUGAAAAUGAAGAGGCAGAAAUGGAGCACCCGCCGGUAGAGGUAAUUGCAAAGGAGGGGUACGUGGAUAGGAUACGGCUGGGUACGUAUACUUCACAUCAAAGAGUGCUCUCUUCGGACCACAAGCCAUUGGAUGCGGUCUUCCUCCUGGAGUAUGAUGCAGUUAUUCCAGAACUGAAGUCCAAGAUACAGCAAGAAGUUGCUCGGGAGCUAGACAGAGCGGAGAAUGAAGGAAGGCCAGGAAUUACCAUCGUUGUUGAUCUCCCUCAAGAGUCAGAAGUUGUUUCACAACCCGAUGACUCUGCACCACCUCCGACUAGUGCCGUUCAGGGCGUGGAUUUUGGAGGCGUGGCAUAUUUACGGAAAAAGACUCGAAGUCUAACGAUCGCCAAUACCAGCCAAGUACCAGCAACAUUCGCAUUCGUGGAUAGACCGAGUGUACAGGGAGAGGGGGAUUGGAUAGCUCCUCCAUGGCUAUCUGUCCAAUUUGUAGGUUCUGAAACCGACGAAGACGAGCGAGUUGCGCAAGCUCUGAAGAGGGAAGUCACUCUAGAACCGGGUGACGCUGUAAAUGCGACCCUCGAAGUCUUUGUCGACGACAUCACCCAAGUCAGAGGAUUAAAUGAAGGCACCGCACAACUAGAAGACAUCCUCGUACUACGAGUUACAGAAGGCAGAGAUCACUUCAUUCCCGUCCGUGCCAAUUGGAAGCAAUCCUGCUUCGGACGCUCGAUCGACGAACUCAUCCGUAUUCCGCAAGGCGGCGUCCGCGCUCUCCUUCCUCGUCCCAGGGGCCAAAUCGGAGGCCCUAUCAACAGAGGACAAGAAGUUUGUUGGUCAGCUCCUCGCGAGCUCUUCAAACUCACUGAAGCAGUUGAAGGCCUCACAGAACGCGUAAUCGCCGACUCCAAUAUGCUUUCAAACUCAACAAUUCCUAGAGAAUCACCAGGCUGGCCAUUUGAUGCCGAUUCCUGGAUACUCCAAGACGAAAAAGCGCGAGAAGAGCGGAAGGAAUACGUGCUGGAAGCUCUAGAUACAGACCAGAAUCUCAAUGAAGCUUUUCCGCCGGAAAUUUCCGCUAUAGAACGGCUGGAAAUCAUGUCCGAAGUCCUCGCCGCUUUUGUAUCAAGUCUAACAGAUGGCAUUGUGCCUUCCCCGCUCUGGGCAACACUCGAGUCGGAAAUUCAGUCACGGGGGGCCAAACAGCUCUCUGACCCCGAAGAGAUCAAAAUGUGGGUACUAGACACUUUGUCUACUUCUCCAAACCAUAACAUAUCAUUUGUAUUUUUAACGUCCAUGUUAUGCCGCGUAGCCGGCGAGUUGGCACCGCUGCCGAAAUCAGGUCUGGGCAACGCGGGCCAGGAGAGCGGGAUGAGAAAGAGUAUUGACACUGUAAGGAGGAGUCUGAGCUGGAAAGGGAAAGGGCCUGUGGUGCCCGAGGACCCGGCUAUUGGGAGGAGGAAAGAGGUUGAGAAGGCUUGGGUGGAUAUUUGGAAAAUGGUGUUUAGGGCCGAGGUCGGCCGCGGGAGCUUGAAAGAUAAAGAGAAGAGGGUGUUGGAAGAGAGGAGGGCGUAUGUGUUGGAGCCUUUUUUGAGAGGUGCGAAGGAGAGCUAG